AUGGCGACCAUGUCUUGCUUGAAGAACCCUCCGGUGGACGUAGUAGGAUUUGAUGGCAAGUUUUACAUCCUGCAGUUGAGCAUCCCAGCGAGUGCAUUCAAGAGCUGUGAGGACUACUCUGUGACAUGGCCGCUGGAAGCGACGUCGCCUGUUCGCUACUGGCAUGUUGCUCCCAAGCCGCAAGUUGCAGAUGAUGAAGAGGGUGUUCAGCUGGGAUUCAAGCUCAUCUUGAAGCAAGCCACUCAUGCCUCCAUCCUCCACGCGAAGCUGGAUGUGGACCUUGGUGCCAGCUCCACUGUGGCCGAGGUGGAGAAGCGCUAUCGUCAGAUGGAGCCGCUGGGGCGCAUGUAUCAAGUGUGUGUAUGUGUCAGGUAA